AUGGCCGCUAUGCAGAGAGGUGCCGCGCCAAAGCGUCGCGCUGCCCAGCGUCGAGCUGCUCGGGUGCGUGAUAAAGGUGGCGCUGGCAAAGCCCAGGACAGUCAGGACACGACUCAGGCCAAGGAAAAUCAGGAAAUGAACGUUCAGCCGGCUGAAAGGAGAGGUUUCAGUGGUAUGACUUCGAGCCAGUAA